GUUCAGUCACUAAUUUGUUCUGGGAAAACGUCUUUUACGGUAACUGAGUUAUUUAAAACUUAACUUUACUUCUGUAUUGUUUUUUUUUUUAAUUUUGUAGAAGCUAUUACUUUUGACUUAACCUGUCGAAAUGAUCAAAAACGGCCACCACGCUACGGACGACCAGAAGGGUGCAGCCGGCUGCACCAAGCCGGGUGGUGCGGUGUGUAGCCCGGAGAAAAGGAAGCGCGUCGUGCGGCUGUGGUGUGACGGCUGUUAUGACAUGGUGCACUACGGUCACUCCAACCAGCUGCGGCAGGCUAAAGGCAUGGGAGAUUACCUCAUAGCGGGAGUGCAUACAGAUGCUGAGAUUGCAAAGCACAAGGGUCCCCCUGUCUUCACUCAGGAGGAACGCUAUAAGAUGGUGCGGGCUAUCAAGUGGGUGGAUGAGAUAGUGGAAGGAGCACCCUAUGUUACCACUCUGGAGACUCUGGACAAAUACAACUGUGACUUCUGUGUGCAUGGAGAUGACAUCACGCUUACAGUCGAUGGAAAGGACACGUACGAAGAGGUGAAGCAUGCAGGCCGUUACCGGGAGUGUAAACGCACCCAGGGCGUGUCCACCACUGACCUGGUUGGACGAAUGCUUUUAAUGACCAAAGCUCAUCACAGCAACAUGAGUAACCCUGAUUACCAGCAGCAUACAGACAACUUUGGAAAGGGUCCUACUGGCCGCAGUCCGUGGACAGGAGUGUCUCAGUUCCUCCAGACGUCUCAAAAAAUCAUUCAGUUUGCCUCAGGAAAGGAGCCCCAGCCUGGAGACACAAUCAUCUAUGUGGCUGGGGCAUUCGACCUCUUCCACAUCGGACAUGUGGACUUCUUAGAAAUGGUCUAUAAGCAGGCAGAGAGGCCCUACGUGAUUGUAGGUCUGCACUUUGACCAGGAAGUGAAUCGUUAUAAGGGGAAGAACUAUCCAAUCAUGAACAUCCAUGAGAGAACACUGAGCGUCCUGGCCUGUCGGUAUGUGUCUGAGGUGGUAAUUGGGGCACCAUAUGCAGUGGGCAAAGACUUGCUGGAUCAUUUUAAGGUGGACCUGGUGUGUCACGGCAAGACAGAGGUGUUUCCUGAUAAGGAUGGCUCAGACCCCUAUGAUGAGCCUAAGAAGCGCGGGGUAUUCAGGACCAUCGACAGCGGAAACAACCUCACUACUGACGACAUUGUUCAGAGGAUCAUUGAAAACAGGCUGCAGUUUGAAGCCAGAAACCAAAAGAAAGAGGCCAAGGAGAUGGCAGUGAUUGAGGCCAUGAAGAAGAGAGAAGCUCAGGAUGUGACUGAGGCUGCGACUGAGUCUUCCCACUAGUGAAACGUCCACACAAUAAAGAUCAUACUGGAUCUCUGUCUGAUCCGCUCAUUCUGGUACAUUCAGCUUUAAGAAGAUGGAGUGCUUUGACCCCAGAUGGAAGGUCCGUGUUGUCCUAAAACGGACCUGACUGGGGUUACGAGCCCACUCUCAAAACGUCCAGUGGGUGCAGAACCCUGCUUUACAUGUCAGAGGAGACAGUCUGCUGGGUUAGCGUGUUUCAGCCUUUGUCUACACAGAUACUAAUUGAUGAGAAUGAAUCUGAACACUAGCUACCAUUCAACCUGCAAAUCCCUUUAGAUCUCCUCCCUUUUACUCCUCCUCAGUGACCUUUUCAAUUUUGAGUCAUGUAUUUAUGUUUUUGUCCAUUAUAUCACUCACUAUGUGUUACUAUAUAGGUGUAAAUGUGGUAUGUUAACUUUGUAAUUAUCCAUAAGUUAUUGACAAUAUAUUAAUGUCAUUAUCAGUAAUGAUUUUAAUCCAGAUUAGUUUUUAAAUUAAAUCAAUGUUUCAAAGUAGCAUUACAGAAUCUGAAAGUGGUCUAUUUUUAAUAUACCUGCAAAGAACUGAUUUUUGUUUAUUUCUGGACAUUACAGUUGCUAUUGUUCAUACUAAAAACAUUACUAUGUAAAAUUAUGUGUGACUAGUAUUCUGAUUUUAACUGUGGGAUCUAACUACCUGAAUUUGCUCUGUGUUUGCACUGUAAAUUACAGUAGUGCCUCAUUCCUAAAGAUAUAACUAUUAUAAGGGCUGUGAAUUGUAUCUUAAAGUCUGUAAACUACUGGAGUAUCUCCGUAUGUGUUAAAGUGAAGAUUCCAAUCUUGUCCUUCUUUAGUUGACUUUGAAGAACUGUUGGAGAAAA